AUGGCAGACUCCUGUUUUUCUGGGCCCUGUGUUCCCACAGCCUCAGCCGCCUCAGUCUGCUCCAGUGACGUGAGUUGUGGCAGCAAUGUCUGCCUGCCCAGUUCUGGCAUGGGCUCCUCCUGGCAGCUGGACGACUGCCCAGAGAGCUGUUGUGAACCUGGCUGCUGUGGGCCCUCCUGCUGCCCUGCCCCAUGCUGCACACCAGCCUCCUGCCUGACCCUGGUAUGCCGCCCAGUCUGCUAUGUGCCCGCCACCUGCCAGCCAGUGUGUGCACCCAGCCCCUGCCAGUCUGUCUGCACCUCCUCCUGCUGCCAGCCCAUUGCCUGUGGGACUUCCUCCUGCCAGCAGUCUUGCUGCCAGCCUGGCUGUUGCAUUGCCCUCCCUGUGUGCUGCAAGCCCAGCUGCUGUGUGAUCACAGCCUGCGCUCCAGCCUCCUCCUGCUGCCAGCCCAGCUGCUGCCGCCCUGCCUCCUGUGUGUCCCUCCUCUGCAGGCCAGUGUGCAGACCAGCCACCUGCUGUGUGCCUCUCUCCUGCAAACCCUCCUGCUGCACCACCACCUCCUCCUCCUCCUGCUGCUGUGCACCCUCCUGCUGUCCAGCCACCAGCUGCUGCCGCCCUUCCUCUUGUGUGUCCCUCCUCUGCCAGCCCACCUGCUGCAAGCCUGCCUGCUGCACUGCCACCUCUGGCCAAAAAUCCUGCUGCUGAACACAGAGUGGUCUCUCUCCCUCUCUCCCCCCACCCCUUCCCGACUUCAGGGGCCUCUGGGACCCAUCCCCAAACAUCAGCAGGAACAACGGCCAGCAUGCCCCUGAAAGGCUUUGAGCCCACCAGGCCAGAGACAACAGGCUGCUCAGAACACCCCAGGCCCACACCGGGCCUCCUCCAUGACCCCAG